GCGCUGUGUUAAAUGGUUUCUUAGUUGCUAGACAGAGAGAAAAAAUGGACGAUCACACACCAUUCUUUGUAGAUUAUUAUAUCAAGGGUUCAGUCUCUGGCUCAUCAAAGCUAAAUGCCGCAAGACCUAUCUAGUUGCUGUGAAUUAUGCCAGGGCGACAAUGGAGAGCGUUUUUAAUGGUACAAUGCAUUUCACCUACCAGAUAGGGGGAGGCCGAGCCGGGGAUGGGGAUGUCUGCUGGGGCUGGGUGAUGAGUAUCAAUGAACGGGGCGAUUCUGAAAAGAGGCAGAUGAAAAUCGAGCCCGCCCUGCCCCGGCUGGGCUGGGAACAGUUCACAGGGCUCUGCCGAGUGGGCGAGCGAGGCGCGCGAGCAGGGCGCCCGUCCCCCCUCAGCCCCGGAAAAUGAUCAAGUCAAUCAUGUGGACAUGUUUCAUUAUUCAUUGAACACAAUCUUUUACAACGCUCCGUUUACGUGCCCGAGUUUGCUCCCGACGCCCGCGUUUCAAUGUUUAAGUUCCGGCCCACCACGGCUUUAAGAAUACCCUUCAGCCAGGAGGGAGCUCCGUUGCUUUAAGACUUGCCUGGGAACCGGGACGCCCCUCUGGCGAUCUGUCAGUGCCUGGAUCAGCUACAUCCUUUCUGGGGUAUUUUGUUACCAGACUGACAGUCCUUAAGACAAGUAUGCAGUUAAGCUGCUAAGGGAUGGAAGAAGCCAGUCUGUGCCUUGGAGUGUCCUCGGCGGCCCCGGAAGCUGAGCCCCACCUGAGCGGCCCUGUCCUCAACGGCCAGUAUGCCAUGAGUCAGAAGUUGCACCAGAUCACCUCCCAGCUCAGCCAUGCCUUCCCCGAGCUGCAUCCCCGGCCCAACCCGGAAGAGAAGACCCCCGCGCCCCUCGACGAGAAGGCGCACGUGCCCCUGAGCGGCCAGCCCAUGGGUAGUCAGAUGGCGCUCCUGGCCAACCAGCUGGGCCGGGAUGUCGACACCAGCCUCAACGGGCGAGUGGACCUGCAGCAGUUCCUCAACGGGCAGAACCUGGGCAUCAUGUCCCAGAUGAGCGACAUCGAGGACGACGCCCGCAAAAACCGCAAGUACCCGUGCCCGCUGUGCGGCAAGCGUUUCCGCUUCAACAGCAUCCUCUCCCUGCACAUGCGCACUCACACCGGCGAGAAGCCCUUCAAGUGUCCCUACUGCGACCACCGGGCUGCGCAGAAGGGCAACCUCAAGAUCCACCUGAGGACCCACAAGCUGGGCAACCUGGGGAAGGGGCGCGGGCGGGUGCGCGAGGAGAACCGCCUGCUGCACGAGCUGGAGGAGCGGGCCAUCCUGCGGGACAAGCAGAUGAAGAGCAGCCUGCUGCAGCCGCGGCCGGACCUGAAGCCGCUGCCGCACGCGCAGCCCGCCCCGCUGGCCACCUGCAACCUGGCCCUGCCCGCCAACCACAGCGUGCCCGACGCGGCCAACCCGGUGCCCUCGCCCAAGCCGGCCAGCAUCCAGGAGGACGCCGUGGUCCCGGCCGCCGGCUUCCGCUGCACCUUCUGCAAGGGCAAGUUCAAGAAGCGCGAGGAGCUGGACCGCCACAUCCGCAUCCUGCACAAGCCCUACAAGUGCACGCUGUGCGACUUCGCCGCCUCGCAGGAGGAGGAGCUCAUCAGCCACGUGGAGAAGGCCCACAUCACCGCCGAGUCGGCGCAGGGCCAGGGCCCCAACGGCGGCGGGGAGCAGGCGGCCAACGAGUUCCGCUGCGAGGUGUGCGGCCAGGUGUUCAGCCAGGCCUGGUUCCUCAAGGGCCACAUGCGGAAGCACAAAGACUCCUUUGAGCACUGCUGUCAGAUCUGCGGCCGCCGCUUCAAAGAGCCCUGGUUCCUCAAGAACCACAUGAAGGUCCACCUCAACAAGCUGUCCGUGAAGAGCAAGUCCCCCAGUGACCCGGAGGUGCCCGUGCCCAUGGGUGGCAUGUCCCAGGAGGCCCACGCCAACCUGUACUCCAGGUACCUGUCCUGCCUUCAGAGCGGCUUCAUGGCCCCGGACAAGGCCAGCCUGAGCGAGCCCAGCCAGCUCUAUGGCAAAGGGGAGCUGCCCAUGAAGGAGCGGGAGGUCCUGGGCAAGCUGCUGUCUCCCAUCUCUGGCAUGGCCCACGGGGUCCCCGAGGGCGACAAGCACUCCCUCCUGGGGUGCCUCAACCUUGUGCCGCCACUCAAGUCCAGCUGCAUCGAGCGGCUGCAGGCGGCUGCCAAAGCAGCCGAGAUGGACCCCGUGAACAGCUACCAGGCUUGGCAGCUCAUGGCCAGGGGCAUGGCCAUGGAACAUGGUUUCUUGUCUAAAGAUCAUCAGCUACAACGCAACCACGAAGACACUUUGGCAAACGCCGGAGUGAUGUUCGAUAAGGAGAAGCGGGAGUACGUGUUAGUGGGAGCAGAUGGCUCCAAGCAGAAAAUGCCUGCUGAUUUGGUUCACAGCACUAAAGUGGGCAAUCAGAGAGACCUGCCAAAUAAGCUCGACCCUCUAGAAGGCAGUCGGGAUUUUUUGUCGCACGGGCUGAACCAGGCGCUCGACUAUAACCUGCAGGGGCCCGGGAGCAUGAAGGAGAAGCCCACGGAGUGCCCCGACUGCGGCCGGGUGUUCCGCACCUACCAUCAGGUGGUCGUGCACUCCCGCGUCCACAAGCGGGACCGCAAGGGCGACGAGGACGGGCUGCACGUGGGUCUGGACGAGCGGCGCGGCUCAGGCAGUGACCAGGAGUCCCAGUCCGUGAGCCGCUCCACCACGCCGGGCUCCUCCAACGUCACCGAGGAGAGCGGGGCCGGCGGCGGGCUCUCCCAGACGGGGAGUGCCCAGGAGGACAGCCCACACCCCUCCUCGCCGUCCUCCUCAGACAUUGGCGAGGAGGCUGGGAGAGCCGCCGGGGUCCAGCAGCCCACGCUGCUUCGAGACAGGAGUCUGGGCUCGGCCAUGAAGGACUGCCCGUACUGUGGGAAGACCUUCCGGACAUCCCAUCACCUAAAGGUGCACCUGCGGAUACACACAGUGUGUGUCCACACCAUAACCAGCGGGAGGAAAGGAAGUGACUUGUACCCACAAGGUGAGAAACCUUACAAAUGUCCCCACUGUGACUAUGCGGGCACCCAGUCAGCGUCCCUAAAAUACCACUUAGAGCGGCACCACCGGGAGCGGCAGAACGGAGCCGGGCCCCUGUCUGGACAGCCCCCAAACCAAGACCACAGGGACGAGCUGUCCAACAAAGCCGCUUUGUUUAUCAGGCCAGACAUCCUGAGGGGGGCCUUCAAGGGUCUCCCUGGAAUCGACUUCAGAGGUGGCCCUGCUUCCCAGCAGUGGACAGCAGGAGUGCUCUCGUCCACAGAUCACUCGGGGCAGGCCGCCGGCAUGACUUCCGAGGCCCCUUCGGACACGCUGAAAGGCACCGACCUUCCUUCCAAAAGCGCCCACUUCUCCGAAAUCGGAAGAGCUUACCAGAGUAUUGUGAGCAACGGUGUGAAUUUCCAGGGGUCCUUGCAAGCUUUCAUGGACAGCUUUGUCCUAAGCUCCUUGAAGAAGGAAAAGGACAUGAAGGACAAAGGCCCGUCUGACCCUCCGUCCAUGAAGGUGCAUGGGCCGGAUGGCGGGGAGGACAAAGCCGGCACGAAGGCGGUCCCCAGGAAGUCGGAGAAAUCCCAGUACGAGCCUCUGGACUUGUCGGUGCGGCCGGACGCUGCGUCGCUGCCGGGCUCAUCGGUGACCGUGCAAGACAGCAUCGCGUGGCACGGCUGCUUGUUCUGCGCGUUCACGACCUCAUCUAUGGAGCUCAUGGCCCUUCACCUGCAGGCCAACCACCUGGGCAAGGCAAAGCGCAAAGACAGCGCCGUCGGGGUGACAGUCAACUGCAAAGACCAGGCCCGGGAGGCGGGCAAGGUGGCCCUCCUGCCCUCGGCACAGUCGAACAAAGAGAUGGCACUCUCCGGCCUGAUCGGGCCUCUAGAGGCUGCUUCAGAGAAGGCGGCCCCGGGGCCGGGCAAGGAGACUCUGGGGGAGCCCAAGAGCGGCACGUGGCCUGGCCUGGUGGACCCUGCAUUUUGCAACUUCCCGUCAGACUUCUACAAGCAGUUUGGCGUCUACCCGGGCCUGGUGGGCUCGGGCACCUCCGGCUCCUGCCCAGCCCAGGAGCCCGACGGGAAGGCCCACACGGAGGAUGACGCCCCGAUCCUGAUCCCCGAGACCGCCAGCAAGAACGCUACCGACGACCUCUCCGACAUUGCCUCCUCGGAGGACAUGGACUCCUCCAAGGGAGAGAACAACGACGAAGACGAUCUGGAGACGGAGCCGGAGAUGAUGAGCAAACCCCAGUCCGCCCUCGGCAAAGACGGUGGUGGUGGCGGCGGCGGCGGCGACGGCGGCGACAGCCUGCUGCCCGCGGGCGCCCCUCAGCCGGUCCAGGGACUGGUCUCGCCGGUGCCCCCGGCGCCCGAGAAGCAGUGGCACGGCCCGGGCCUGCUUCCAGCCCAGGACCCCUCGGCGGGCCUGCCCAAGCCGGAGCGGGGCCCCCCGGGCCUGGAGAAGCCGAUGAACAUGCUGUCGGUCCUCAGGGCCUACAGUUCUGAUGGCUUAGCAGCCUUUAACGGACUUGCGAGUAGCACAGCAAAUUCUGGAUGUAUCAAGAGGCCAGACUUGUGUGGUCACAGGCCUUUUCAGUGCCGAUACUGUCCCUACAGUGCCUCUCAGAAGGGGAACCUGAAGACCCACGUCCUCUGCGUCCAUCGUAUGCCUUUUGACAACAGUCAGUACCCCGAUCGCCGGUUCAAACGCUCCAGAGUCGACUCGGAGGCUUCUGGGAAUUUUGAAGACCCCACAGCUGUCAAGGCGGGGAGCUCAGCAGAGCUAACAGAGGAGGGCUGCAAAGCCCAGGAGGAGCGUAACUGAGCAAACUGACCUGUAUAUUGCAAUAUUAUUUUACACAGUUUUAAGAUUAUGCAUCUGGUAAAAGAGUUUGCUAACUGCAUUCCAAGGGGAAAAAAGAAAAAUCAUGUACAACCCCCCAACUAGUGUAUAGAACAUUUAAAAAAUUUAAAAAGAUAUCUAUAUAUAUAUAUUAAAAAAAAAAACACACAAAAACACACUAAAAAAAAAAAAACCCACAAAAACAAGUCCCCAGCCCUUGAAAAUGGCUGCUAAACUGUUACCCGGCAACAAGUACUUCUAAACAAUGCAGGUGGAAGAGGAGUGAUUUCUGAAAGGCUUGGUGUCCUCCAAGCCGGAGAAAGCUGGGGGGCCCUUCCAAACUCUGAAGUCGUCUUUGUCCUCCAGUCAUGCUCUUAACUGAAAAAUGAUACCAUCUAAAUGAUUUAGUGUUGCCUUGAAGAUGGAGGGGCUGUGUUUUCAUUGUUGAAAACACCUCUAUAAUCUACCACCAGCUGCUGCCAUCUCCCCCCAACCCCAACCCCUAAUGAGAAGUGCUGAGAGGCAGCCGCUGGUGCCAGUCAGGCUGGAGCGGUCACUGCAGAGAAAAUCAAUUCACGUGGUGUCCCAACUGCACUCGCGGAGAAAUCCUACCCCGCCGCGCCCACGGCUGCUGCCGGGGGCUGCGGAGGAUUGCCAUGUCACACGUGCAUUUAAAACAAACAAACAAACAAACAAACAAAACACACACACACACACACACACAGAGCCAAGUGAAUCCAUGGUCAGGAAUUAUCUGCAGACAGAUGCCCAUUGCAGGUUUGAUGAGUAAUUCCUUUUUUUUUUUUUUUUUUAAGAUCAAAUUGCAGUAUUGAGGGAAAUGCUUUUUUUUCUCCAUUGUCUUUUUUUUUUUUUUUCAGAUGAAAAAGAAGUUGCUACUAAAAAAAAAUAGAUUAGGGGUACAUGAUUUAAAAUGUUUUUGAGGAAAACUAGCCAACUCUACCCACGGAAGGUGCUGGUGAGAAAUGGAAAUUCAUGUCGUAAUGGAAAGAUUUUUUUUUUUUUAUUACGGUUUUUAAAAAUUUUACUUGAACGAAGGCUGCUCUGGUCCUUAUUAUCAGCUUUGUUUCAAUGUGUUCGUUUUUGUAAGUAUCGCAGACAUGAAGCAAGAUUUUCUUCUCUGACAAGCUCUUAGGAAAUAGCUUGUAUUAAAAACACAAAUCUAAACAUCCUGCUCUCUAUCGCUAAUGAAGAAAACUGUUCGAGUUCAAAUGUCUGUUUUUGUAAAACAAAUGUGUUCUAUAUUUUUGUAGAUUUUAGAUUUUUUUACGGAUUGGAUACUCCAAAUUUAUUGAGUUCUGCACCACCCAGAGGGAGAUUUUGAGGGCCAAUAAUGAAAUACUUAACUCAUUUAAAAAAAACAAAAAUAAAAACAAAACAAAAAAAAAAAAACGAAGAAGAAGAGUCAAGGGUUUAUUCUUGAAUCUGCUAGAAUGGUGUCUAAGUUCAGCCUCUUAACAUACUUCCUUUGAGUGACACGAAAUUGGUGCUGUUGCUUGUGACGGUAGAGAUGUAUUGAAGUAUUAACUUCUAAAACGAAAUCAUUCAGACUUAAAAUUAAAAAAAAAACAAAAACAAACAAACAAACAAACAAAAACAGUCAAUAUUUCCUUGCAGGCUGGGAGCACAGAAUAAAACCCCAGGGCCUUAAAACUUCAGCUCUGCCUACAGCAGUUUACAAAAAUUCUAAACUGCAAUCAAUGUAAAUAAUAAAAUGCUUAGCGCUAUCCUGAGACCAGAAGGGAUCUCAGGCUAAUAAGGGAUCGGGUUUGCAUAUGCGGUCCAGAGGGCGUCACCCACCCUGAGGUUUCAGUGCAAAUGAGGUCGCUGUGCAGCGUGGACCCAUCUGGCAUAGAGCAAGCCGCUUUCUCAUUUUUCUAGACUAGUUCUCACUGCCUUACUUAAAUCGAGUUUAUCAACUUAAUGCAACUGUUUCUAUGAUCCUAGAGGAAGGACUGAAAUGUUACUGAAAACUUUCUGACUGUAGUGAGCUUUAGGAUUUUAACUGCACUACUGUGUUUGGUGACUGUGUCAGUCGCUUGCUUUCUGUGUGUUUGCCCCGCCUUUGGUAUCUUAGCAAAGAAAAAUAUAAAAAAAAAAAAAACAAAAAAAAAACAAAACAAAAAAAAAAAGGAGAAAAAAAAAGGAAAAAGAAAAAAAAACAAGAGGGAAAAAAAAGUGGGAAAAAAAAAAUGAGAGCCACAUUCCAUUUCUAGCACUUUGGAAGCUCUUUUGGUAUUCUUUUUGUGUCUUCUGAGCAUCCUCAGAUGCGACAGGCAAUAAUUCUGUUUGUGACACUGGGAACAUCCCCUCUUCUUUGUGGCGUGUGUGUUGAUUCCAUUUUGUCCAGUGCUACGGUCCUUAUUUCCCUCUGACACAAGCCUUCUUUCCAGAACAUUUGUAACUUGUAAUACAAACAAGUGACAGCCGCAGUGAUACGCAGUGUCAGUUUCUGAAUGUCUCCAGGCCCUCAUAUCUAAACAUGUCAAGUUUUUUCCCCUGUAACUUCUGUAGUCUGUGAUGCUGGUCAUAAUACUGUCUACAUUCCUACACAAAGAAAAAAAAAUCUAUCUUGGAGUAAAUCUGAGAUCAAUAGAGUAGAGGAUUUUGUUGCUAUGCUUGUAACAAGUAGAAAACUUUGUAUUUAAAGUUUAUUCUUGGUCAUUAUUUAUUAUUAUAAUACAUCAGUUGACAGAACUUUAUUCUGGUAUAGAAAGUAUUAAAAGUUGUUUUUUCAGCAAUGACUGUUUUCUUUCUGCUGUUAGAAUAAAAUGUCUUUGAAGCA